AUGGUCAUUGAAAACCAGAACCGCCAAUACGGCGGGAUGGGCUUCGAUAAUGUGUAUCAACACAACAUGCACCACCACACUCCUCCACAGUUCACGGAUCCAUGGGCCGCUCAAACUUCGUCCCAUUCCAACCCUCCCGUCUACGCGACUUCCAUGGGUCCCAGCCAAAUUGGCCUCGGCCACGUUAAGCAGGACGAAGUGAGCCGCCCCUCGAUGUCUCUGCCAUACUCUAGUAUUCCCGUCUCGGCGCCCUCCAUGGUCGCCGGCAGCAACUAUACCACCGCCACUGCCUCGAGUUACCCCGGACCGGAGAUGAUGGGAUUGUCGCACGACAUGCCACGCACUUCCUUUGAACAAGCGCCGGCUUACACUACCGCCUCGCCCAUGAGCAGCUUCGCGCCCGCAAGCUACGCCCCUCUCAGCUACGCUCCGCACAUGCACCAACACCAGGACCGUCGGAUAUCUCAUGCUGAUGCUCGCGUCAGCCAGUCGCAACCCUCCUCUGCCCCAACAUUCGGAGACGCUCUUGAUGCUAGUCGUGGAAUGGUCGCUCUCAGUCAGGAUAUGACGCCUCGCAAUAUAUAUGGCCCUCGCAGCUCGAGAGGCUCGGGAGAUUCCUACGGUUUCCCCUCGACACAUUCGUCUGGAUCGUCCAUCUCUUCUGGUGGCAACUACCCAUACUACUCGGCUUCUGUCGCAUCCGUGGAGUCGUCCGUGACGGAUUACAGCUCAACCACAUCGGAAUCCUACGAAAAUGGCCACCUCUCGCGGACGCUUCCUCGUCCGUCGAACCUGUUGACGGGAAGCGCCCCUCCCGGACCCCAGUCGAUGAUGAGUCAGUUCAGCUCCAAGAUGCCGUCCAACACUCAGAAGAAGCACAAGUGCAAGGUGUGCGACAAACGGUUCACCCGCCCGUCGUCUCUCCAGACUCAUAUGUACAGUCACACUGGCGAAAAACCAUUCGCAUGUGACGUGGAAGGUUGUGGCCGCCACUUCUCGGUCGUCUCUAACUUGAGGCGGCACAAGAAGGUCCACAAGGGAGAAAAGGAGGGCGCGUCAGGAGAGGAAGAGGAGUAA